AUGGCAUGCCAUAUAAAACACACGUGGACAGAAACAGAGCACAUCUACCCUUUUCCGACAACGUCGCCGGCUGUAUAUAAGAGGCGGACAUCGUUCUGUGGAGCCAUCAUCUGUCAGCGAGCUGCAGUAACCACACCAGUCCAACAGUCCAACAGCCAGCCACCUAUGUGUCCCUGUGUCAGUGACGUCAUGAAGCUAGUCGCCGCCAUCUUGCUGUGCCUGGCGGCAUCCGCCCUGUGUGAGAAGAGAAUCAUCAACGGAGAAGCGGCAGAGCUGUACUCCCACCCGUACAUCACCUCUCUCCAGAAGCUAGAGAGGAGCUUUUUCUUCUCUUAUUGGAGGCACAUCUGUGGAGGCUCUCUCAUCCAUGAGAAGUAUGUACUCACCGCUGCCCACUGUCUCACCGGCCUUAAGCUGAGCGAACUCCGGGUGAAGCUUGGAGCGCUCAGACUGGACAGCGAAACCUCCUACGAGUCCGUGCGACGGGUGGUGAAGAUAAGCAUCCACGAGAACUACAAGGAGAAUGACUUCGGAAUACCCAACGACAUCGCGAUCCUCGAACUUGAUACACCAGCCACUCUCAACAAGAAUGUCCAGGUCGCUGAGAUGGCCGCGGAAGGAUCAUCUUUCCUCAACACAGAAUGCGUGCUGGCCGGCUGGGGGAUGAUCGGCACAGGCCAGGCAGCCCAAGAGGCCACAACCCUGAAGGAGGUGAACAUCACCAAGAUCGACUCCCAGCGAUGUAACGACUUGUGGGACGGAGCUGGAGUCACGGACAAACACAUCUGUGUGCACGACGCCAGUCCUCCAGUCGGGGAGCGACCGAGCGCCUGUAUGGGCGACAGUGGAGGACCCAUGAUGUGUGGACCACGACAUAACAUCUUGGCCGGCGUCACUUCCUGGGGGGAGCGCACUUGCAGCGGGAACUAUCCCAGCGUCUACACCAGGGUCUCUGCCUAUCUGGGUUGGAUCAGAUCGAAAGCCCCUGGCGUGUUUAAAAACUGAUGUCUUUGGCGACAUUGGGCGACAAAAGAAAUGUCUGCCAAUAAAUUCAAUCAAUAAUGAUUUAAA